AUGUAAUGUUGGCGGACAGCCCCUUAAUAAGAAGCGAAAUGAAGAUGGCAGGCAUGGGACGUCGGGGGCUGAAGCUUAGUCAAAUCAAGCCUCAGGAGGCUUACAGUGAGGCAGCAAUUAGGACCAACAAUGCUAUCCUGGAGUUCUGCAGAACUUCCUUCUCGGGCCUGUCUGGAGCCACCGCCGGUGUGCUGGGACUAACGGCUCUCUACGGAUUCAUCUUCUACUUCGUGGCCUCGCUGUUCAUGUCCUUACUGCUGAUCCUGAAGGCUGGCAGCAGCUGGGGAAGGUACUUCAAAUCCCGCUGGAGGAUCUUCACCAGCGGCCUGAUGGGUGGACUCUUCACAUACGUCUUGUCAUGGACAUUUGUGUACGGCAUGGUUCACGUCUAUUGAUGGCUGUGCUCAGGAUUCUGAUGGGCGAAAUCUUUAACUCCAAGGACAAAAUUGUCUAGCAGAACCUUUGUCUGCAUUAAACUUUGUCUCUUCUUUAUUAACCUUGUCCCUACUGCCUAAAUCUGUAGCAAAUAGAGAAUUGAUAGCCAAAAGGGCUACUUCAAUGUGCUAAUGGUUGUGAAACGUCAUUGAAAUGUGUAUUGCAAUAUUUGUGUUGAUAGAAGUUAUACUCCAGACACGGACAAUGGUGUAAUUUCCAUUUUGAUAAAUUGCUUAUGCAAUGUUUUCUUAUCAACAGAGAAUUUAUGUAUUAAAAUAUUCUCCUUUAACUGUGUCCUUAAUUUGACCUGAUUAAUUUGAUUUUCUACAUUGUUAAUUUAUGACAGCAGCUUUCGAAUGAGAGGUCAGCUAAAGUACAUGUAUAAGGAAACUGUAGACCAUCCAAGGAAGGACACGUUUGUAACAAGGUACUGUAGUACAAAUGUAUAUUUGGAAAUGUUUUAUGCUGGUUCUUGUUUCAUAUAGGAUGCCAGGAUUCAAUCACUUGAUUUUGAGCAGUGCUGAUUCAGAAACUAGACUAAACAUCAUCAAUGUUUAGUCUGUUUAGAAUGUUGUACCAGUUUUGUAUACUGAACCAUUAUUUUUGUGUGCUAUAAUAUCAUAACUUGUACAGUAUAAUAGUCAGUAUUUGAGAAGAAAUUCAAGUUUAUAGAGUUUAGGUAAAGUAUGUUGGUAUUUCAUUUGCAUGAAAAUAUGCACCAUGAUUCAGAAUGUGGUAAAAGUCAGAACUUUAAUUUCCUUGUAGAAGAAUAUGUACAUGUACAAAUACAAGAGUGGAACCCCAGGAAAUAUUUCUAUUGGUCUCUGUUUGUGAUGUA